GUGGAAGUGGAGGCAGGGCUGCUGCCAGCUCCCUGGGAAGCCAUUGAAAUAUGCCAGUGGCAGAACCUCAGUGGCAGGGAAUUAACCCUGGAGGAGCCUCCGCUGCCCAUGGCUCCCCUGAUUGCAAGCCUUGUGGGGUCCCUUGGUGUUUAUAGGUGGGGGAGGGAGGAGAGGCAGGGGAUGUCUGGGAAUGGUGCAGGGGUGCUCCUGGAGGGUCCUUUGACUUGAGGGCUUUAUCUCUCCCCUCAGGCAGGCCUCAGGGGAGGGUUUCAGCAGAACAGUCCUGGUUUCCAGGUGUGCUCCUUCAGUCUCCUGGUUUCUACUGACUGGUCGCAGGCAGGGCAGGGGGUCACUGGCCAUCCCAGCUGGCCCUGGCGCCACUCACCUGGUGUUGCUGCUUUUCUGAGGCUGGAGCUGAAAUGCCACUGAGGCCUAGAUGCCAUCCUGCCUAGGGAGGUGACCUGUAACUGUCAAUUGCUUAGCUAGCAGUUCCUCCGUUAACCCCGUCAGGGAAUUUCCUAGCUUAGAUGACUCUGCCCUGGCUCAAGUCUUUUAAAGUCCUUCAAAUCCUCAGUGGGCUGGCCAGCCGGGGAAUGAGGGAGGGGCAGGGGUGGGAAAGGAAGCCCAGAAAAGGCCAGUGAGAAGUAAAGGGGAAGGUGCAGCUUCUGAAGGGGCAACUCUCUCCUCCCUCCUUGCCAAGCCCGGCGGGGCACCUCUCUCCUCCCACUCGCCCGGCUGACCCUGCAGCGGCCCCCAUGUCCGACCACAGAUUCAGCUCCGUGCCCACGGAGGAGGAACCUGGCUGCUGCCACCUCUCCAGGAAGGUCAAGGUCUGCCUGUGCGUCCUCCUGUGCGUCCUCCUGUGUGUCCUGGUGGCGGUCGCGGUGGUGGUGGGAGUCCUGAUGUGGCCCCGCGCGACCCCGCCCAGAGCGUGGAACGGGACAGGCAGCACCCCGCACUUCUCCGAGAUCGUCCUGGGCCGCUGCUUCACCUACACGCAGCUGCUGCGGCCGGAGCUGGGACAUGCAGACUGCGGACAGAUAGGGAAGGCAUUCACGAAUGCAUUUCUUUCCAAGGAUCCUUGUCACAGUUCAGAGCAAGACUACCAGCUGCUGCUGAAGCUGACCAGUCAAACCAUACCCUGCCACUCGAGUGUCUUUUGGAGCAAAUCAACUCAGCUAGCGCACCUGUACACCAGGGUGCGGCAGGACAUGUUCACGCUGGAGGACACACUGAUAGGCUACAUUGCCGACGGCCUCAACUGGUGCGGAGAUGCGGGCUCCUAUGAAAUGAACUAUCAGUCCUGCCCGCACUGGAGGAAAGACUGCAUAAACAACCCCGUGUCUGUGUUCUGGGACACGGUAUCCAAAAGGUUUGCCGAAAAUGCCUGUGGUGAGGUGCAGGUGGUGCUCAAUGGGUCCGUCAGUAACACCUUUGAUAAAAACAGCACUUUUGGACGUGUGGAAAUCCAUAAUUUGCAUCCAGGGAAAGUUUCUGUACUAAAAGCUUGGGUGAUGCAUGACAUUGGAGGAGUUUACAGUUACCACACAUGCUCAAGUCCCAUCAUAGAUGAUUUGAAAUUUAUUUUAAGCAAGAGGAAUAUUUCAUUUACCUGUGAGGAUGACUACAGGCCUAUCAAGUUUCUUCAGUGUGUGAAAAGUCCUGAGGAUUCGUCUUGCAGGAAAUGAGCCAUCAGCUCCGUGCUUUCUGAUCUUUGAGCCCUUGUGGUGUACACGGCUGUGUGUGACUCAGGAGACAUGGUGAUGGAAAGCUGAGGAUUUGGGGGAUCUUCUGUCAUCAUGUCAACACCAGAGAUGAAAGCCUUCUCCCCCCAAAGUCUUAAAAUAGCAUAUUAUUGGGAUAGUUUUUAUUUUGUCAAUUAACAUUCAAGAAAAAAUUAGAAUGAAAUAUUUAUGUUGUUUUAAUUUUUGUAUGAUGCUUUUAUGUUGUUUAUAUGUUGGACAGAUUAUGGCUCUCUCUGGAAAUACAUUUUUCAGAGACUAUCAGAAGCUUCCAAGUUCUUCAGGAGGACAAUAAAAGUUUGGAAGCCUCUCAGUCAAGAACACCCAAAUUUACCCCACAGACUGGUCAGGCACAGAAGUUGUUCUUGUCCUGAGGACACUUGGCUGUCACUUUGCCAUUGCGGGACAUGGCCACUGCUGCUUCUGGGAAUAGAAGUAACCAGAGUACAUGAUUCAUGGUGAUGGGACAUGAAGUAUGGCACCUGUCUCAGGCUCACCAGCCUCAGGUUCAUGGCUGCACAGAUCCACCUGCAGCACAG